AUGCGAGGAAUCGUUGGCCUGACUGUUAUUACCUUCUUAGUGAUAAUACCCACGCUAGUUUACUUCAACUCCAAUUUAAACAGCACAUAUCAGGAAAAUAUUAACUAUACUGAAGAGUUUCCGACUCAUUUGAGUGAGAAUGUUGACCAGAAUACUGUCCAUGGAGGAGUAAUCAUGCCAAAGUUAGGAAACGCUACGAUAAAAGCCGAAUUAGGUAGAAGCAGCUGGAAGCUUCUACAUACAAUGAUGGCACGUUUUCCUGAACGCCCUACCAAAGAUCAGAAAGCGGCACUGCGAAGUUUUAUUUACCUGUUCAGUAGACUAUAUCCGUGUGGCGAGUGUGCAAAAGAAUUUCAAAUGAUUCUCGAGAAGCAUCCGCCACAAGUCUCUUCUCGUGAAGCUGCUUCGCUGUGGGCGUGCGCUGUGCACAAUAUUGUCAACAGGCGAUUACUUAAAGAAGAAUUCGAUUGCUCUACCGUCGCUGACAAAUACAAAUGUGGGUGUGCCGCAGAAUAA